CAUCUAGAAACUUGACAUCAUAGAACUGGUCAGUGAGUCUUAUCAUUUCAUUUUCAACUCUCACAAAAGGAAGAGGGUCCCUGCGAUCUCCUGGAGAACCCAGAUCUACCAGAGGAGAGAUUCACCCACCAAGGGAACCAGGACCAUGAGGAUUUUUUCUGUUUUACUUUGGAUUCUUUUCCCAGGCUGCUGGGCGGUGACGGGCCCCGGGGCAGUACACGGCCCCGCGGGCGGGUCGGUGGCUGUGCGGUGCCGGUACUGGGCGGGCUAUGAGGAUUAUCCAAAGUUCUGGUGCCGGGAAGGAGGCUUGAUAGGUUUGUUCUGUUCUGGUGGGCUUCACAUCGUCGAGACCGAUGGGUCGGAGGUGGAGGUGACACGGGGCAGAGUCUCCGUCCGAGACGAACGCACCCAGCGCACAUUCACCGUGACCGUGGAGAACCUGACACUGGCAGAUGCUGGCACGUACCACUGCGGGGUAGAAAGAACUGGGCCUGAUCUCAGGGACACUGUGGAACUCACCGUCUCCCCAGCUGUUCCUACCUCACCACCGAUGACACCAGAAAAGGACCUGACUGUUGCCACCUCCUCAUGGACUCUUCCUGAAGUAGAUGUUCUUGUCGGUAUACCAAACCUUGACCUCUACAUCCUGAUCCCAUCCAUCCUGCUGGUUCUACUUUUGAUUUUGUUCAUUGCUGUAAAGUUUAAAAGAGCAUCGCAGAGGAGGAGAAAAGCCCUUGAGGACACACCAGGACAAAAGGAUAAGAACGCCUAUCUCUAUAACCCGAAUCCUGGGCACAAGCCUCCCUUCAGUGUAUCGGAUCCUACUGCCACAGGCCAGCUGGCAAUCUAUAUGAAUGAGCAACACCUGCCCAGCUCAGCCGAUCCGGCGUCCGAGUAUGAGAGCAUGAUCCCGCAGAGGAGUCAGGUUUCAGGACAGAGAAAAGCAGUUUUUUCUGGUCCACAGGACUGCUCAGCCACAGAUCAGCAGGACACCUACGUCACUAUGUACUCAGUCACACCCCGUCCCCCCAUGAUUUGUCAUCAUGCAAAGUGUGGGAGAAAAGCUGCAGGCUGAAGCCCUUCCUAUUCACUGGAUAUUUAGCAGCUCAUCCUUAUUUUCCUACUGUUCCAUGAAACUUCCAGACUGGCAUUCCCUCUGCCCUCCUUCAGCUGAGCAAUCUGACAGCAGCAAGAUGUGGUGGGGAGGUCCCACUUCCAGCACGAUUGUCUUCAGAAAUGUACUGGCUACUACAAAGUACUUCUCCUUUCCUGAACAUUAGCUUGAAACUGCACAAAGUCUUGGUGGCUCCAGUUCCUGAAGGGCCGGAGGUAUUCCUCUGGUGCUCGUUGUGGCAUCUCUCUGCUGCAGCGCCACAUAAUUGCUCAUAAAACUCACUUGGUACAAAGGAGCUUGGUUCUGGGGUCAGAACCUCAGGCUGAUGAGGCAACUCUUUGGCUGGAGGUGAUAUGGGGAACAGAGCCUCAGGGAGGGUGCGGAAAUAACAAUGGGAAGACAAGGCAGAAGGAAACAGCUUUGUCCUUCAUUCCCCCGGCCAGCGUGGAGUUAAUUGUGAUGGAAUCUUUUUACCCCCAAUCCCAUGUUACCACAGUGGCUGAGAAGAAGAAGGGCACAUGGAUUCCCCCAUUUUAUACAGGUUAUAAUGAAAAGAUUGAGAGCCCAUUCCCAGAUGUUCUUUUUGGACAUCUUCGUCUUUGAUCCUAACUACCCCGUGGGACACAUGUAAAGAAUUUGAACACAAGACCAAUAUCAUUCUAGAGUGUAGGAACAGAAGUGUUGUAUGAAAGACACGAGAGAUAAUGGUCUCACCCUAGACUUUCUAGCCUCAUCUCCACCAUGUGCACCACUAGGGUUCCUCGUACCAUCCACCCCCUAGCACCUCCAGUAACCCCACAUUGAGUCAUGAUGCUGGAGUGGUGGGGAGUCGGGAAUUGGCUCCUUCUCUCUAUUUUGCCCACAGGAGCUCCACUCUUCUUUAAACUCUGUCGCCCAACACCUCCAUGAUAACCCUCCUCCCUGCACAGCUCCCACCAGAUCUGCUCGGCUGCGCCAAUAUUACCAGCUCUCAUGGUUUUACUGCAAGUCUCACAAUGUUCGCUGCUUUGUUCAAAGCCUCAACUCCUGGAUUCUUGGGAUGAUGGGAGAAUCUCAGCUUUCCUUAGAAAAGAAACAAUAUGUUUCUAGCCCACCCCACAGCAGAGAAAAAAUUGAAAGGUGACCCAAGUGCACCCUUAGGUUUCAAAAAGUGGAAGAUUGAAAAAAGAACCCCAAAGGCAUCUUUAAAUGAACAAAAACUCUUGAGAUUUUAAAACCAAUCUCAUGGUUGCUGAGGCCCUACACAUGAUUUUUGAAUGCUUGAGGGGGAGGGACAAUAUCAGUGCUGCCUUAUAGAAAUAAUUAGUGAUGUAGAUACACAGAGAGCUGAAGCCUCAGUGGAUAUGUCUACACCAGUGGUUCUCAACCUAUUUACCACUGUGGGCCUCAUAUUCAGCUCUCUGUGUGCUAUGUGGGCCACAUCCACACAAUAUAUAUACUACUUGUAUGGCCCUAAGGAUCAGGGGUGGGGCUGACUUGGGAGGCAGAGGGGAACCACCCCCAGCACUCACCGGUGGCAUGGCUGAGGCCUGGCUACUGCACUCUCCUUUGCCAGUGAGUGCAGGCACGGCUCUGCUGCAGUUCUCAGGGGAGCAGAGGAAGGGGAGUGGCGGACCAGGGGCAGAGGCUUUGGCGAAGGAGUGGAGUGGGGGCAGGGCUGGUGUGGCACAGGAAGAGGUGGGGCUUGGGCUGGAGCAGCUGCAUACUUUGUUUAUGGGUAGGGACAGCCCUGCUGAGGAUGUCAGAUGGGCCACAGCUGAUUGGGCCAGAAGCAGCCUGUGGGCCACGGGUUGAGAACCACUGGUCUCCACUGCAAUUAAAAACCGUGCCAGCUGACUUGGGCUCGCAUGGCUCAGGCUAAGGGUCUGUUUAGCUGCACUGUGGGUGUUCAGGCUUGGGCUAGAGCAGGAGCCAGGGUUCCAGGACCCUGCAAGGUGGGAGGGUCCCAGAGCUCAGGCUACAGCAUGAGCCCACAUGUUUAUACCAUAAUUACACAGCCCCAUAGCUAUGCUCCUUAGCCCGAGUCACCUAGCACAGGCCAGCCACAGCAGCACUGACCAUCAGGAAAAUGGCACCCUAGGCAAACUUGUAUUUUGCACCCUUUGAGUUGAAGUAUGUAGUAGUGUUA